AUGAAGGUAUUAGCGUUGCUGGCUCUGUUUGCUGUGGUCGGAGCGAGGAGGCUGGACUAUGAGCCGAUCUCCGUCGACUACCACGAGACCAUCGGCAUUCCAGAAGCUAGCAGGAUCCAGCAGGCGGAGGCAGCAGCAGACUUCGAUGGAUCUAGGAUCGUUGGCGGCUCAUCUGCAGGAUUGGGAUCCAAUCCAUGGAUUGCUGGUCUAAUAGUAUCACUCACUGACAACAGACGGUCUAUGUGUGGUUCCUCACUCAUCAGUAACACUCGUCUCGUGACCGCCGCUCACUGCUAUAGGACCAGAACUAUCCAGGGAAGAAGCAUAACCGUAGUCCUCGCCUCGACCAAACUCUUCAGUGGUGGCACCAGGAUAGAGACCAACAGAAUCCAACUACACGGUAGCUACAACCAGGACAACCUGAACAACGAUGUAGCCAUCAUCACAAUACCCAGUGUAUCCUUCAACAAUAAUAUAAGAGCCGUCGCGUUACCCAGCGGUCUGCUUCUGAACUUCAACUACGCUGGCGAGCGAGCGGUCGCUGCCGGCUACGGAAGGAUCUCAGACUCAAGCGCCGGUGACAAUAGUCUCCGUCAAGUCGCCUUGACCGUCAUUGAGAACUUCGAAUGCGCCAACAUCUUCGGUACCUCGUCUGUCAUUCACUCAAAUCUCUGCACCAGCGGCUUGGGUCGAGUGGGGCCUUGCUCCGGAGAUUCUGGAGGACCUUUGGUGUUCACCUUCAGUGGAGUCAGAUACUUGAUCGGUAUAACUUCUUUCGUGUCGGCUCGGGGAUGCCAGGCUGGUCUGCCUAGUGGUUAUGCUCGCGUCACUUCUUUCGCAAGCUGGAUCAGAGCUAGGAUGUAA